AAUUCACCAUUUUGAUACUGAUAUGUCAAUACGGCAUUUAGAACCUUUUUCGGGAAAAAAGUCAACAAAAAAGCAGCUGCACAAAAAAUAAAUAGUAAUAAUUAUACACAAAAUGCUGGAACAAAUUAAUAAAUUCAUCGAAUAUUGGUGGUUUCGUUACUUGAUGGUCACCGAAUUAUAUAUUGUUGAAAAAUGGGAACGAGUUACCAUGCAUGUAAUUCUGCUGAUUCUUUUCUUGCUGGUGGGCUAUUUCAAUUUUAGUGUGGUGAUGCCGUUAGUCUCAAAAAUGAUUCGACCUGUAUUUGGUUGGCACGCUGAAUGAAAAUGAUAACAAUUUUGAUUUAAUUUAUUAAAAUAUAGAAUUAACUUUUUUCGUCAUCAUUCGUUUUAGCCCUUUUAAAAUAGAUGUAUUUUGUCAGGGAAAUAAAUUUAAAGAAUUAAAGAAAAGUGA